ACUUCUUGGCUGGCUGCUCCGAGAUCCAUUCAGAAAUCGGUGAAAAGAACUGCAAUAACACUAUUGGGAUAAAGUGCAAAGCGUGAUUUCCAUCAGCCAUGGAAACUAAUCAGGACUCUUCUCUGUUCCUUGUGAAUAUCUUGGAGGAACUGGAUACCAAGCAGAACAUGGUUUCCUAUCAGGAUCUCUGCAAAUCGCUAUGCGCCAGGUUUGAUUUGUCCCAGCUGGCCAAGCUGAGGAGUGUGCUUUUCUACACUGCUUGCUUGGACCCGAAUUUCCCUGCCACCUUGUUCAAAGACAAAAUGAGGUGCACCGUAAACAACCAGCAGUCGAAGAAGAUCAUGGUUGCGGCAGAUAUUGUGACGAUAUUCAACCUCAUACAGAUGAACGGGGGGUUGGCCAAGGAGAAGCUUCCCAUUGCGCGAGAAAAAGUGAGGAAGAAAGAGUCUCUGGAGUCCUGCCGAUCUGACACAGAAGUGUGUAACGUGGUGGAUUGUGUGCUCAACUGUGAACCGAGGGAUGGAGAAUAUAGCAGGGGGUAUUCGAGCAGAAGGUCUUCCAAAUGCAGGAAGGGUGACUGCAAAGACUGCCCACAGUUCAUGCCUGCCUCAGAGCCAAACUUUUUGCUUGGGGUCAAUAAGGAAAUGAAAGGCCGAGCGGCUUCUCUGGAUCGGUUGCAGGCCCUGGCACCGUAUUCCAUUGCCAGUUCUCCCCCCUGUGAAAUGCAGAGUACAUAUUUCCCCAUGAACAUAGAAACAGAGUCUAUAUCAGACCAGGACUCCUUGCCUAUCAGUGCAAGCAUCAAGGAGACGUUCAUUUCAAACGACGAGCCCUUUGUGAUGCAGUCCUGUGUGCAGAAACGGAACAUCUUCAAGGAGGACUUCCACAAUCUCUUAACUAUAUCGCCCAACUUGAUAUCGCCCACUAGGAAAGCAGAAGAUGAGCUUAUAGAACCUCCAGGCAGGAAAGAGUCCUCUAAGCAGGCAUUCUUCAAUCACAGUUUUGAAAUGCCAUACAGCAGUCAGUACUUGAAUCCCAUUUAUUCCCCUGUGCCAGACAAAAGACGAGCCAAGCACGAAAGCUUAGACGAUCUCCAAGCCUCCACUUAUUUCGGCCCAACAACUGUUCUCGGAUCACAAGAUACAAAACGAUGGUUGGGAAAGCCAAGCAAACAAACUCCGUGGCCGGUCAAGAGCUGGAGUUUGAAUACGGAAGAAGUCCCUGAUUUUGAAAGAUCCUUUUUUAACAGGAAACAGUCAGAAGAGAAUCCUCGAUAUCAGGGUUCAAAUAGCCAGCCUCCCAAUUUCCCGGCCACUGAGAGGCAUCAGCCUUAUCUCAACCCAAAGGAUCAGCAGCCAAUGAUGCAGUCCAGCUAUGCUGUAAAACCAAAUGGACAUAAACCCAAAGACAUCCCCUCCAUUUUAGAAGUGAAGAAGCAUGAGCCCAUCAAAAAGUUUAAAGACAAAAGUAUUAACUGCACCUCUGUUCAUCUUCUAAACAUUGACAAAACCAACAGUGUCGGGACACAGACGGACCAACAGGGGUUGGAACACAAAAAGUGCAAAGAGAUGGUCCACCCCAAUCAAAAUAAGUAUGGCGAGCGGCAUUCUCUUAAGCAAUCAGAUGACGACUCUGAAAUUGUAAGUGAUGACAUCAGCGAUAUCUUCAGGUUUCUGGAUGAUAUGAGCAUCUGUGGGUCUACUGGAGUGAUGCAAUCAUCUUGUUACAACAGCACUGGUUCCCUUUCUCAGAUACACAAAUCUGACUGCGAAAGUUCCCCUGAACACCACUUAGCUAAGAUUUCCAAUGGGAAUGCCAGCAACAAGCUGGACAGAGUGUCCCGGCUGGCGAUCAGCAGCACAGAUGACGAACUGAAAACCAGUGUCUGCAAACUUGUUCUAAGGAUUGGGGAAAUUGAAAAGAAACUGGAGUCUCUCUCGAAUGUCAGGGAUGAAAUAUCCCAGGUCCUGGGGAAGCUGAACAAGUUGAAUCAAAAGAUCCGGCAGCCAGAGGAAGUGAGCGUUCAGCUAGAUCUCAAUUCCCUGACGAGUGAAGUUCAGUCAGAAGAAAGCACAUCGCCUAGGAUCUUUUCAUGCCAUAAUUCUUCCCACGGUGGCAAAUUAGAGAAUAAUCCAGACUGGUGUUGUUCUGAUGCCAGUGGCAGUAACAGCGAGAGCCUUCGAAUCAAAGCCUUAAAAAAAAGUUUGUUUACCAGGAGGUCCUCAAGGUCAUUGACAGAGGAAAACAGUGCCACAGAAUCCAAGAUAGCAAGUAUUUCCAACUCCCCUAGAGACUGGCGAGCUAUCACAUAUACAAAUCAAGCGGGCAUUACUGAGGAAGAGAUGAAAGACCGAGGCGAAGGUGAAAACAAAGAGUGGCACAGGAAAUCCAAAGAGGCAGACAGGCAAUAUGAAAUCCCGCAGGUACACCGGCAUUCCAAGCAACCCAAAGACGCUUUCUUGAUUGAGCAAGUCUUUAGCCCCCAUCCUUACCCUGCUUCACUCAAGUCGCACAUGAAGACCAACCCCCUCUACACGGACAUGCGACUGACGGAACUGGCGGAAGUGAAACGGGUGCAGCCAUCGUGGACCAUCGAGGAAUACACAAGGAACUCGGGCGAGAAAGGGAAGCUGGCGUCUUUGGAUCUACAAACUCAAGAAUCUUUAAAUCCCAACAAUUUAGAAUACUGGAUGGAGGACAUAUAUACACCAGGCUAUGAUUCGUUAUUAAAGCGCAAGGAAGCUGAAUUCAGAAGAGCAAAAGUUUGCAAAAUAGCGGCAUUGAUUGCAGCCGCUGCCUGCACAGUUAUCCUUGUCAUUGUUGUUCCCAUAUGCACUAUGAAAUCAUGAAUUUAACGACGGAUGAAAAAAUCCAUCAUAUAACAUUUGCUCCAGAUAUCCCAUUCAGUCUUUUAAGUAAUCACCUUAUGGCAAGUACUGUAACCAUUAGAUGGGAGAGAUGUUCCGAGAGAUUGCAGCAAAUGAGCGUGUAAAGACG